AUGUCAAUCUCACAGGAACUCUACCCAAGUCAAGACGACCUACUUUACGAGGAAGAGAUCCUCCGCAAUCCCUUCAGCCUGAAGCUAUGGUGGCGCUAUUUAAUUGCUCGCGCCGAAUCUCCGUUCAAGAAGAGGUCCAUUAUUUAUGAAAGGGCAGUGAAAGCUCUACCGGGCAGCUACAAGUUAUGGCAUGCGUAUCUCCGGGAACGCCUUGAGAUUGUGCGAAAUCUGCCCAUCAUUCAUUCGCAAUACCAAGCUCUUAAUAACACUUUUGAGCGUGCAUUGGUUACAAUGCACAAGAUGCCCCGCAUUUGGAUCAUGUACUUGCAGUCCUUGACCCAGCAGAAAUUGAUUACGAAAGCGCGGAAAGCUUUUGAUCGGGCUCUAUGUGCGCUUCCGGUUACUCAGCACGAUCGGAUUUGGGAACAUUACUUGAUUUUCGUGUCACAGAAGGGAGUACCCAUAGAGACGUCGUUGAGAGUUUAUAGGAGAUAUUUGAAGUAUGAUCCAAGCCAUAUUGAGGACUUUAUUGAAUUUUUGGUUAAUUCAGAGUUGUGGCAGGAGGCUGCGGAGAGGUUGGCAGGUGUUUUGAACGAUGAUCGGUUUUAUUCAAUCAAAGGGAAGACGAAGCAUAGUUUGUGGUUGGAGUUGUGUGACUUGUUGACUCAGCACGCAAAGGAGAUAUCCGGGUUGAAUGUGGAUGCAAUAAUUAGGGGAGGGAUUAGGAAGUUCACGGAUGAGGUAGGGAGGCUCUGGACGUCCUUGGCAGAUUAUUAUAUAAGGCGGGGUUUGAUGGAGAAGGCUAGGGAUAUUUUUGAGGAAGGGAUGACAACUGUGGUGACAGUAAGGGAUUUUAGCGUGAUUUUUGACUCUUACUCGCAGUUUGAAGAGAGUAUGUUGUCAGUUAGAAUGGAUAUGAUGAGCGAUAGCGAUGUUGAGAAUGAUGAAGAGGAGGAAGAGGACGAUGAGGACGAUGAUAGGUUGAAUAUAGCGAAGUUGGAAAAGAGGAUCAAGAAGUUCUGGUUAAAGGACGAGAAUGACGUGGAUUUGAGGUUGGCGAGGUUGGAAUACUUAAUGGAUAGAAGGCCUGAGUUGGCCAACAGCGUUCUUUUGAGGCAGAAUCCACACAACGUGGAGCAGUGGCAUAGGCGAGUUAAGCUUUUUGAGGGAAAUCCCACGAAGCAGAUAUUGACCUACACAGAAGCAGUGAGAACUGUGGAUCCAAUGAAGGCGGUGGGGAAGCCUCAUACUUUGUGGGUAGCAUUUGCAAAGCUGUAUGAAAGUCACAGAGAUGUUGCAAAUGCCCGGGUAAUAUUUGACAAAGCAGUGCAGGUCAAUUAUAAGACUUUGGACCAUCUGGCAAGUGUUUGGUGUGAAUGGGCUGAGAUGGAGCUAAGGCAUAAGAAUUUCAAGGGUGCUCUGGAACUGAUGAGGCGGGCUACUGCAGAGCCAUCUGUUGAGGUCAAACGCAGAGUGGCUGCUGAUGGAAAUGAACCUGUGCAGAUGAGGAUUCACAAGUCCCUUAGGCUCUGGACAUUUUAUGUGGAUUUGGAAGAGAGCCUGGGUACCCUGGAAUCAACUCGUGCAGUUUAUGAGAGAAUACUAGAUCUAAAAAUUGCCACACCGCAAAUUAUAAUAAACUAUGCGAUGCUUUUGGAAGAUCAGAAAUACUUUGAGGACGCCUUCAAAGUUUACGAGAGGGGUGUGAAGAUAUUCAAAUACCCACAUGUAAAGGAUAUCUGGGUAACUUACCUUUCAAAGUUUGUUAAAAGAUAUGGGAAGUCAAAGUUAGAGCGGGCUCGAGAGUUAUUUGAGCAUGCUGUUGAGAUGGCCCCAGCUGAUGCUGUGAAACCUCUAUAUCUCCAGUAUGCUAAGUUAGAGGAAGACUAUGGUCUGGCGAAACGAGCUAUGCGUGUAUAUAAUCAAGCGACAAAAGCUGUUCCACCCAAUGAGAAAUUGGGGAUGUAUGAAAUUUACAUUGCACGGGCUGCUGAAAUUUUUGGUGUUCCAAAGACUCGAGAAAUAUACGAACAGGCAAUUGAAUCCGGCCUGCCCGACAAGGAUGUUAAGACAAUGUGUCUGAAGUACGCCGAACUUGAGAAGAGCCUUGGAGAAAUUGAUCGUGCUCGUGCAUUAUAUAAACAUUCAUCGCAAUUUGCAGAUCCUAGAUCCGACCCUGAUUUCUGGAAUAAAUGGCAUGAGUUUGAGGUGCAGCAUGGAAAUGAAGACACCUUCAGAGAAAUGCUCCGCGUGAAAAGAAGUGUUUCUGCAAGCUACAGUCAGGUAAAUUUAGUGAAAUAA